AGAUUCAGGAUCAAAUUAAUUUUGCGCGCGUCUGCACAAGAUUUCGGCAGGUGUUGAAAGACAGAACGCCGAUUCUAUAUCCAGAAUAUAAGCUUGAGGAUAACUGUUUUGAAGACAGUAUCAAGCUGUUUUUUAUCGUCAGCGCUAAUGUCAAGAAAUUGCUCGUGAAUGUAAAAGAAUGCCAAGGUUUCUUAAACGCACUCAAAAAUAUUAAUGAAGAGCUCUUCUAUCAACAAUACUUCGAAGCGAUUGGCAAUAUGCGUUCUUUGGAACGACUUGUCUUGUGCGGAGUGUAUGCAGAUUCUCGGCGUAUAUUCGAUCGAUAUUUUCUAGCUCUCAGUCUGUUACCCAACCUUAAGAGCCUCAACAUUCUCACAAAUCAAGGUUUCAAAGGAGAUCAUUUGAAGGAACUAAACCUUGAGGAACUCUCAACAGACAUAGGCAUGACCACACCUCAAUGGAUUGCAUUCUUGAAAUCAAAUCCGAAACUGCGUUCAUUACAGUUUCGGGUCUGUCGCAUUAUACCCGAAAAACCAGCCGAUCUAGUACCGUACUGUACUAGCCUUGAAGAGCUGUACAUUUGGUUCAAAUCGAAAUGUGAUAGCUACGAUUAUGGGGCAUUUGCGCAGCUUCCCAACCUGAAACAUCUCCACAUUAUUGGAAAAUACCAGCAAACGGACUCCACUGUGCAGCUCUUCAGGAGCUUGGUAGCCAGGGAUCCUCAGUUGCUGGAAAGUUUAAGCAUUAAACGCGGCAUGCUGACAUUUGAUGAGACUCAGGAAAUCGUCCACAUAAAGUCCCUAAAGGAACUAAAUUGCUCUUUCUCCGAUAUAGAGUGUGUUGAUCUUUUAACUCAGCUAACAGAAUUGGAAGAACUUUCCAUUUUGUUGAAGUCUGACACCGACAUUUCGAACGCUGCUUUAAGAAUUCUGAAAUCAUGCACAAAGCUCAAAUUAUUCCGAAUAUAUGCCGAAAACAUUCGCCGUGAUUUCAUAUUUGAGGCUUACAAUAUACUGAAGGAGAUCAGAGAGCCCAGUAAACAACCGCCUUUAAGCUUGGAAGUGCCAUAUGGAAAGUUUGCGCUGAUGAAACCAGAAGAGGAAAGACGAAUAGAUCCAGCAUACAUAAGAAUUGAUCCAAAACACGCUGCUUAAAUAUAUGUUAAACAGUAAUGACAGUUAAGCAAACAGUGCGCUCAGAAAAAUAACCUAAGAAUAAUAGAGUAGCUC